AUGAUGCUUCCGACUCUGCGACUUUGGCCUGCGCCGCGGGCUCCGCCGGCUCCGCGGGCUCCGCGGGCUCCGCGGGCUCCGUGGGCUCCGCCUGCCGCCGGUCGCCCCGCUCGGGGGCUGUGUGCAAGGAGAGCAGUGGUGGAAGGCGAUGAGCACACAGCGGCAGUUCAAAGAUGGCUGGGCGCUGUGAUCAUCGGCAUGGGAAUUUGCCCCUGGGCCAAGCCCGCGGGUGAGGCUGGCGGCAUCCGCGUGGUGAGCAGUACUGCGGCGAAACCCCGGGAGGCACUGGUGGAUUUGCGCGCGGAGGCACGGAGGCUACGAGGCGCGGCGUCUCCGGUUACCACGUUGCUGGUGUGCCCGGCGGUCGAGGCCUGGGAAGACUUCGAGGACUUCAACGACUUCAGGGAAAAUGAGCUGCGGAAUGGGGAGGCACUCGCUGAGGAGUUUCAGUGCAAAGUCGUGUGCUUCCACCCCUGCUCGCAGGCGUCGAAUAGCUACGGGCUGCAAGCUGGAGAUGAGAUCCUGAUCCAGACCAAAGAGGGCGACCUGGCAGGGACCAUCCUCGAGAUCUCGGAAACAUCGCCGCGGGAGCUCACGGUGCAGAUCUUCGGCCAGGUUGACAGAGGGGCGGCAGAGAUGGCGAUCGAGCCGGUGGCAGAGCGCAUUUGCCAUGUCUCUGAGGGUGAUGCCCUACAGCUGCUGGGCCGCGAGGCCUUGCAGGACGAGGACGAGUGCCGCAGCAUCCUGGGCCGCGCCCCGCGGGUGGUGCUGCACCUGCUUCGCACGGAGGACCUGGAGGUGGUUGACGACAAGAAGGCCUUUGAGACGUUGGAGCGCAAUGAGCAGGUCGUCGAGAAGCUUGGACUGGCCGGGUUCGAUGAGCUGGUGAAGGAGUGUGGCUGA